UCUCCGACUAGUCAUUUACGUUAUAUAGCACCUGUGGACACCUGCUAGGAACCCGUCGGAAAGACAAGACAAGCAGACAGACAGGCAGACGGAACGGAAAAUUCUCAACGAGAGGAAGCAGACAGCUCCUGAUGAUGAUGGACGGCGGGUAUGACGGAGGGACUUGUAACGACUGGACUGCGCAUGCGCUCGUUCCACACUCCCAGGGCCCAUCCAUGUCAAAAAUCGCUGAGCUUACACGGCUGUCCAUUGAGCAGUCCACAACAGAGGGCUCCACGACUCUGAUCACCACAGAGACCAGGUACACGUCCCUGUCCUCCGGCUCAGAUCUGAUGUCCGGUGGAAUACUGACCACGGACGGGAGCUCCGCUAGCACACUGGUGGGGUCACAACUGGACACGGUUCUGGAAACCUGCUUAACGGAUCUGAACCGGAGCAAGAAGAGGGACAUGUGCCGCAUCCUGUGCCUAUCAUUAGAUGUUGCCAGUUGGACCCCGCAGAACGUGCAUGACUGGUUAGAGUGGGCAGGGAAGGAGCACGGGCUUCCCCAGGAGGAGCUGGCGCAGGCGCUCACCAACUUCGACAACCAGCAGCUGACGGGUCUUGAUCUCUGCAGUCUGAGUCUGGAGGACUUCUGUUUACUGUUCCCAAGAGACAUCGGGGGAGACCUUGUGUACGGGCUGCUGCAGGACUGGAAAGAUGACUUUACCGAGCCCCUCACGACCGGACCCACCUACGCACCCCCACCCUUUCCUGAUGACACGGAGCAGACGCACCAGGACAUCAUCAUCGGGAACCCCAUGCUAUCAGCACCUGUCCGAGGCCAGUUCGAGUGGAGCGCGCCCGGCGGGAAGUGCUGGAGCACGGACCCCCGUCAGCGGUUCGGCAGCACCUGCAGUACCGGCACCAUCUCGCCAGAUGUCAGCUCCAGCACGGACGGCUGCUGCUCAUCACAGACUGUCAAAAUUGAGAUUUCGGACACCGAAGACGACGAAAUCGACUUCAAAUACCUUCAGAACAAAGGCUGGCGAAACCCUACAUCCACUGCAGCUGGGCAGCGCUAUCCAAAAAAGCGCAGAAGCGGAGGCCAGCCCAUCCUGUGGCUGUUCCUGCACGACUGCCUCGCCAAGCCUGAAGAGUGGUCUCACGCCAUCAAAUGGGUCAAUAGGAAGGAGGGGAUCUUCCAGUUUUCUUCUGAACACAAGGAAAAGGUGGCCAGGCGCUGGGGUGAGAUCAAAGGGAACCGCUGCAUCAUGUCGUACCAGAAGAUGGCGCGGUCCCUGCGGAACUACUCCAACAACAACAUCGUCAUGAAGAAAGUGCGCAGAAAGCUGCAGUACCAGUUCUUACCGCAAUGGCUUCACGUGUAGCCUCCGGACACUAAUCUCCAAGCAGACUUACCGUUGGCAUACUCUCCAAGCAGU